CUUCCGCUAAAAGAAAUUGUAGAUUUUUUUGUUUGUUUUAGAAAUUUAUAAGAACCACUAAACACAAAUUUAAAUGAUAAAGGCCAAGAGAGAAACAAGUUGGAGGAAAUUUCAAAAACUUGUCAACUCUCAAAUUUGCCAAGUUGGACUGUAUAGUGAAACGUCUGAAAAAUUACAACAAUUAAGAAAGGAUCUGGAAAAAUCAAAUGGAAACCGUUCACAUCUAGAGUUUCGCCUGAUUUCAUACUGCACUCUUCGAAUAUUACAGCUAAGUAACUGUUUAUGGACACAAGAAGAAACAGAAAUGUGCAAUCCCGAAGAUAAAGAAGCAAUCAAACGAGAAAUACGAGAUAGUUUGUUGAAUCUUGAACUCCGUCUUGGGAAAUACACAGAUGAAGUUAUUUACAGACAUUUCAAUGAAAACGAUAGGAAAUUUCGAGAAGAAGAAGAACGUUUGUUUGACACUAUUGAACACUUUAAGAACCAAGAGACAUCUGUAGUAGACGUAGAAAUCAUUAAAAGCAAUGUAUAUAAUGUUUGUGAGAGAGCACAAGAUAUGGGAUAUAACAUAGGGGAGCUAACUCUAUCAAACGAUAUGGCUGAAAUAUUAAGCACUAUAAAGCUUCUAUCUAGAUCAUUCUCAGCAGCAAAUACUAGAAAUUCAACAAAAAAUUCAAACAGCCAAUCUUCUGCUGGGUUAGAAAACAUAACUGUUUGUCCGUGUGAAAAUCAACCGUCAGAAGACAAACAAGACUGCAGUGAAAUAGUGGACUUCAGCAGUGACUAUACCGGAAGUGAGCAAUCAGCAGAGUGGACCACUGCUAGAGCUACGGCUUUGCGUAUCAAAAACAUCCCUAAACUUGAUUUCCAAUUUUUGGAUUCAGAUCAAGAAAUAGAAGAAUUCGACCGAAAAUAUUGUGAUCAUGAGGUAUCUUGUUGGUCGUCCAGAACGUCAUCAUGUAUUACAGAGGAACUUCAAAGAGAGCUAGACUAUUCCUGUGUUUUCAAAACAAUUGAUGAAAAAACGGAAGUGUCCUCUGUGUAUGAAUCACUGUCGCCCAGUACAAUUCCAUCAGAUAUUGACUCGGAAUUCAGAUCAAGUUCCAGAGCUAGCUCUUAUUCCCAGGCAAAACGUAGGACAAGUGUACGUUUAAUGGAUCACCCUCACUGUUACGGAAGUUUUACCUUAAUUUCGAGGAAUCAGGAAACAGCUGUGUCUGAUGGACUAGGAUCUUUUACAAUGGAUGACUUGUCUGGUUGCGACUCAAAUGCAGUAAAUUAUGGUCAUUCCACUGGAUUUGUGAGCAGAACUGUUCAUUUGAAUCAUAGAUGCAACACGUUAAAAAGAACAUUAAACACAAUUACAUCUUCUAUUACCCAAACAAUCCGAAUGUGGAUUCCAUUCGAUCCUUCCUAUUGGAAUACCAUGUCUCUAUGUCUAAUUGUAGUAUUUUGCCUUCUUUUGUUAAGAAUUUCAUGGGUUUAUUUCUGUUGUAACGGUCCAACGAGAAAUAUCUUGAGGUAUUCAUUCUAUCCUGAACUUGACAAUAUAAGUUUUCUUUUAGAAUUUUUAUAUAGAAAUAUGGAAAUAAAGCAUCAUGGUUUACCACCUGUUUAA